AGACGGCUAGAGUACGAGCAGGCACUAGCCGGUACUUGCUCACGCAGACGCUUUCCUGUUCUCUUCGAUGACGAUGCAGCGAUUGCCACUCUUCGUGCUCCUACCACUGAUGUCAACGGCUACUGCUCAAACGGACGCAUACGACACGGAAAUCAAUGGCUGCAAGGGCUGCUGCUCACUAACAAUAUCAGACAUUCACGGUGCUCCCGGUGUUCCUGGCGGUCCUGGCGUUCCCGGAGAGGAAGGGCAGAAAGGUGACAAAGGUGAUAAUGGCGCAAAAGGCGAGCAAGGAAGAAUCGGAUUGGCUGGACAAAGAGGAUCGCCAGGGCGUCUUAAUCUAAAUUUGUGCUUUAGAGACGUAACAGGGAUGAUGCGAUAUAACCAACAAGUGAUAGAGUACUGUGACGGCACCAAAUGGUUAACUCUAGUUUUAACAAUUGGUACAUCACAUCUGCUGCCAGCAGUAUCAUGUCAGCAAGUAGCAAGUACGUACAAAUCAAUUUCCUACAAUGGACAAUAUUGGAUUAAACCAACUGCCGUCCACCCACCAUUCCAGACAUUCUGUGAUGCGAGAGAAGGUUGGACAUUGAUCAUGAAAAUAGAUGGGAAUAAGCAAACGUUUGACUACAACAACCAGUUGUGGUCAAACAAGGAGACGUUUCAAUUAAAUAACCUGGACUUGGAUGACAAAGAAACAAAAUUGGCUUCUUAUUGGACUCUACCAUUUACUGAACUUCGUCUGGGAAUGAAAGUAGAUGGGACAACCAAAUGGAUCACUUUCAGAUAUACCGCAUCAUCUCUCUACAGCCUUAUUGCUGAUGGACAGUACAGGAACACAAGUAUUGGUGAAACCAAGUGGAGAAGUUUGCUGCCAAGGUCGUCACUUCAAAGAAAUUGUAACAGGGAAGGAUUCAAUGCAAAGAGUAGUAACAGUAACAACGUCUUGAAUCAUUCACUAGCUCGAUUGGGAUUUAUUGCUAACCAAGAGAACAACUGUCAGUCGCCGGACUCUUUCUUUGGUUUUGGAACAAGGUACAAAUCAGCCCGAAAUAGUGCUGGAAACUAUGUUACAAUUUCCCCGGACAACGGUGCUCUAAACAUCAGAGCAAUUGGCUACAUCAUGGCACGUUGAAACAAUUAUACACUACACACAGUUUGUGAACGUUUAGAUAGUCAGUUACAGCUUUGUAGUAACUGCUAGCUACAAUAAUGUAUACGUACAUUUCCAAUUUAGUAUGCUUGCUCUCAUUGACACAUACCUAUGCAAGCUUUUAGUGUCAGUUAAAAAGGAAAGUGAAAUAUAGUAACGAGUGCUCA